UUGGUGCUCCUCUUCGAACCCCACUCUUCGUUCGCGUAGUCGGCAAUGGCUGCUGCGAUCCAUGGCUUCGUUUCCCUCCGAAAACCUAACCCUAAUCUCAAUGGGAUCCGAGCUUCCUCAUCUUCCUUCUCCUCCACAAUCCCAUUAGGCACCGCCCGCCGCCUUGUGGGUUCGGCUCAUCCUCCGCUCUCGCAUAGGGAUUUGGGAGCUCGGCUACAGUACCUGGAUCGGCGGACGUCCAAGAUUCCAUUUGUGGCUUCUCGCGAGGAACCGAAGCAUUCAGAUAUUGAACUGCAGAAGGAGAUGACUGAUGCUGAACUAAAAGCUGCAGUGUCACAUGAAGCAUGGCAGGAGGCACUCGAACACUUCAAGACAGAAGCCAUGAAAGUCAAACCUGUGUCAGAAGAAGCAUACCAGGUGUACACGAAGAAAGCAAUGGAGAUAUUAACAGAUACAUCUGAGAAGCUCAAGAUACAAGCAGAAAAGGCACAACAUGACUUGAAUUUAAUAGCCAAAGAAGUCUCAGAACAAGGAAAAGAGUAUCUUUCUACAGCAACAAAGAAUUCUCCUGAUUCAGUUAGGGAAAUUUUCGAGACCUAUGCAUCAACAAAUGAGUUGAACAUGUCCUCUAUCAGAGAUUUUUACCUUGGGAUUCCCUAUGGUUCCUUUCUUUCCAUUGGAGGUUUCAUCUAUUUCAUCCUAACUGGAAGCAUUCCUGCGAUUCGAUUUGGUGUUGUUCUUGGCUCUAUAAUUUUUGCUCUAAGUGUAUCAAGCAUGAGGUCAUGGAAGAAUGGAAAAACAACCCCACUUCUUUUAAUUGGGCAAACUGCAAUAUCUGCUAUUAUCUUCUUCAGGCAGUGCUUGUUGUGUUCUCAGAGGGGAUCAUUUCCAAACCUUUUGAUGCUCCUUAUCAGUGGUUCUAUGGCAGGUUUCUACAUUUAUAGAAUGGUAAUCGAUGGUCACAAGGCUCGCCCAAGUGUGGAACAAAGAUCAGAAAAUUAGCAGCCAUGAUGGAGGAUGGGUAGGUGAAGAUGACCAUGAUAGGAAGUGACUGCUCCUUCCUACUUGCAUCACUCCACCUUCCUCCCGCCAUAUAUGUGCCAGGCAAAUAUCUACCAAUUUCUUCUGAUAUCAGGUAAAGUAGUUGGGUUAUGGUAUGAUGGCUCUAAAAUUUGCUGUGCCUGAAGGUCUCCAAUUUGUGGCUUUUAAAGAAUGCAAUUUGUGUUUCCCUCUUCUCCUUUCAAGCAGACAAGUAAAUAAACAUACAUACAUCUUAGUCUUAUAAAAAUUCCCUUGUAUGUCUAAAAUUGGAUUAAUUAUUGUCAGUAGGCGCUAUUGUGAGCAGAUGUUUU